AUGCCUGCCGAACCGCCUAGCCCAGAGGUCCCGGCCUCGGACGACAGCAUGCAUGCCAGGAACACCACUGAGCCCGUCACGCCUGGUGUGCAUACCGCCGGCCUUGAUGCCUACAUCCAGCCCGCCGCCCUCCACGACCAACCCCCGCUGCCAUUCGACCCUGCCAAGACUUCGCCGGGCCCGAACUGGAAUCCCAACUCGAGCCACGCCCCCGACGCCGAUCGCGCGAGCUCGCCCACCGACGUUGCCGCCGGCGCGAAGAGCCCCGAGGAGAUUCUGAGGAGGCUGAGCCGACCCACUUUGGAGUCGGCGGAGAAGGCCGAUCUGGCGGAUGUUGACCCCAUGGCUGCUCACCCCAACCUGAAUCUCAGCGGCCAUGUCAUCAGCGCCACUACUUGCGUGCCUUACAGCAUCGCCUACUCGCCCGGCAACGAUUGGGAACUCCGCUCCAGGCGCGGCACCUCUGCCCUGUUCGAUUCUUUCUCCUAUCUCGCCUCUUCUUCUUCCCCUUGGAACCACACUCUGGUCGGCUGGACUGGCGAGAUCAAGGUUGCUGCGAACGCUCAACCCGUCAUUGGCGACACUGCUGCAGGCACAAACACCAGCACCCCGCUGAACAAGGCUUCCGCUCCCAUUCCCGUUGACGCCGAGGCGAAGCCUCAGCAGCCCGCCCAGGAAGGCCUCAACGUUGACCGGGAGCAUCGUCUGCGUCUGGAGAAGCAGCUCGAGCGCGACCAUGGCGGCAGGAUAGUGCCUGUAUGGCUCUAUGACGAACUGCACGAGGACGAGGACGUGGUUGUGCUGAAGGACCAGUCUCGCUGGCGCCAAUUUGCCGACAAGGAGCUGUACACCCUCUUCCACUACAAGCAGAAUGAGCCUGCUGACGGCCGUGCUGCACGCAAGGCCUGGGCCGACUAUUACCGCAUGAACAAGAUGUUUGCCGACAAGAUUAUCGAGAUUUACAAGCCAGGCGACAUCAUCAUGAUCCACGACUACUACCUUCUCCUGCUUCCUAGCCUUCUCCGCCAGCGCCUACCCAACGUCUACAUUGGCUUCUUCCUCCAUAUCCCUUUCCCAAGCAGCGAGUUCUACAGGUGUCUGAGCCGUCGCAAAGAGAUUCUGGAGGGCGUUCUUGGUGCGAACAUGGUCGGAUUCCAGUCAUACAGCUACUCACGCCACUUUUCGUCCUGUUGCACCCGUGUUCUCGGAUUCGACUCAUCCUCUGCCGGCGUUGAUGCGUACGGCGCUCACGUAGCCGUUGACGUGUUCCCCAUUGGUAUCAAUGCGGCUGCCACGCAACGCAUUGCUCUCGAAGAUGCCGCUGUCUCCGAAAAGGUCAAAGCGAUUCGUGAGCUUUACGCAGACAAGAAGCUCGUUGUCGGCCGUGACAGGCUUGAUGCCGUCAGGGGUGUCGCACAGAAGCUGCAAGCAUUCGAGCUUUUCCUGGAACGUUAUCCCGAAUGGCGGGAAAAGGUGGUCCUCAUUCAAGUCACUAGCCCGGCCACUCACCAGGCGACGCACAACGACGAUAAGUUUGUGAACAAGAUCUCCGACCUUGUCUCGAGGAUCAACGGCGCCCAUGGCAGUCUCAGCUUUGCUCCCGUGCAACACUUCCCUCAGUACCUGUCAAAGGAGGAGUACUUUGCACUACUGCGCGUUGCCGACGUGGGUCUCAUCACCAGUGUCCGCGAUGGUAUGAACACGACCAGCAUGGAGUAUGUCAUUGCGCAAAAGGACAACAAAGGUCCUCUCAUCCUCUCCGAGUUCUCUGGUACCGCCGGCAGCUUAGGCAGCGCCAUUCAUAUCAACCCUUGGGAUCUUGGCGGCGUCGCUGAUGCCAUUGACCGAGCUCUUACCAUGACCGAGGAAGAGCGUGCAGACCAGCACGGAGAACUCUACAGGCACGUUGUCACGCACAACGUGCAGGCGUGGGUUAACAGCUACCUGCGUCGUCUCAUGACCAACCUCUCGUCGUUCGAUCAGUCAUUUGCCACACCCGCGCUUGAUCGAGCGAAGCUUCUGUCUCAGUACAGGAAGGCUAAGAAGAGGCUGUUCAUGUUCGACUACGAUGGCACACUUACUCCCAUCGUGAAAGAUCCUCAAUCUGCAAUCCCGUCUGAUCGUGUUAUCCGCACUAUCAAGACGCUUGCCUCCGAUCCGAACAACGCUGUGUGGAUCAUCAGCGGACGCGACCAAGCCUUCCUUGACGAAUGGAUGGGUCAUAUCACCGAGCUUGGCCUCAGUGCCGAACACGGCAGUUUCAUCCGCCAUCCCAGAAGCGAGAUCUGGGAGAACCUCACGGAGAAGACUGAUAUGAGCUGGCAGUCGGACGUUAUGCAAGUCUUCCAGCAUUACACCGAGAGAACUCAGGGCUCUUUCAUAGAAAGGAAGAAAAUCGCCCUGACCUGGCAUUACCGCCGAGCCGACCCCGAGUACGGAGCAUUCCAGGCUCGCGAGUGUCAGAAGCAUCUCGAGGCCACCGUUGCCAAGAAGUAUGAGGUUGAAGUCAUGACUGGCAAGGCUAAUCUCGAGGUCCGCCCGCGAUUCGUAAACAAGGGCGAAAUUGCAAAGCGCCUUGUGGCUGAUUAUGGCGCCGCUCCUCCUGAGUUCAUCUUAUGUUCGGGUGACGACUUCACGGACGAAGAUAUGUUCUCCGCCCUUCGUGGCUCGAAGCUGCCAGAGGACCAUGUCUUCUCCGUGACUGUUGGCGCUAGCUCCAAGCAGACACUGGCAUCCUGGCACCUACUGGAGCCAGCGGAUGUCAUCUCGUGCGUUGCUCUCCUCAACGGCUCCGCCGAUGCUGGUAACAUCGGCGCCGUCGCUGUCGUUGACGGCACUAUUCCUGAGUCUCGACUUUGA